GAUUCAAAGUUAAUUUUGUUAACACAGUGUUAGAGCUUCACAGUGCGAUCAGAUAUCCUGUGACAAUUAUUCUUAUCAUCAUGAAGCAUAUGGUGUCGUUUCCAUUUUCCUCCUUAUUCUGCUGCAUUUAGGGGGAGUUUCUUCUUUGCUCCUUGACCUGUGCAGGCCAUGCCUUCCCCCAUCAAAUGUCUUUUAUUUGCUUUUUUUCCCUUGUAGCAUUUUUUUGUUUGUUUGUUUCUGUAGUAGGCAGAAUAAUGGCCCCUUCAAAAUGUCUUUCCCUUGUGCAGGAGAGAUGACUUUAUGGUUAAGGGCACUUGUUCUUGCAAAGGACCCAGGCUCCAUUCCAAGCACCCACAUCGUGGCUCACAACCAUCUAUAACUCUAGUUCCAGGGGACCUGAUGCCCUCUUCUGACCUCACUUGCUGAUGAUAAAGGGACUACAUACAAGUCAGGGCAUGCACUCAGCUUCUGGAAGCUCAGAAAACCUUGUAGCCAGCAAGGAAAUGGGGAGUGAGUCUUAACAACGACAUGCCUCCUCCUCAGAGCCUUUCCCAAGUACACGGUGUGAAGUAGAUGACUCCAGCCCUGCUCCACAUGCUCUCAGUUUAUUCCUGUGCAGAUUUCUUUUGGAGCAUUUAUCACAAUGGGGUAGCAUACAGCUCAAAUCUGAACCACAGUUGGGAUUGUUUGCAGCUCGCCGUUGCCUGGGAUGUUAUUUUAAGAAAGCAGAAGCAGCAUCAUUUGCACACUCCUUAUAGACACACACCUUGGCCCUGGCUUUCUGGCUUUAGUGUUUCAAAAGUGAAGACAGGAUGAAGAAGACCCACUUGCUUCUCUGGGGAGUCCUGGCCGUUUUUGUCAAGGCUGUCCUUGCAACCGGUGAUGAUGAAAAGAUCCUGCUUGCUGACAACAAAUGCAUGUGUACCCGAGUUACUUCCAGGAUCAUCCGGUCCACCGAGGAUCCUAAUGAGGACAUUGUGGAGAGAAAUAUCCGAAUUGUCGUCCCUCUGAACAACAGGGAGAAUAUCUCGGAUCCCACCUCUCCACUGAGAACGAAAUUUGUGUACCAUUUGUCGGACCUCUGUAAGAAAUGCGAUCCUGUGGAAGUGGAGCUGGAUAAUCAGGUUGUUACUGCCAGCCAGAGCACUCUCUGCAGCGAAGACAGUGCUGUUCCCGAGACCUGCUACAUGUACAACAGAAAUAGGUGUUACACAGCUAUGGUCCCACUUACGUACCGUGGUGAGACUAAAAUGGUGACCACAGCUCUGACCCCUGACUCCUGCUACCCCGACUAGUUUGAGUCAUUACUCACUCUGCAACUCUGUCUUUAGGGGCUCUCCAUUUGAACCCAGAAGUUAUCCUUACUGCGAAUGAAUUUGAAACCAGGAUUUUUUUUUCCUUUUGGAUGGUAUAAAACUAACAUUCCCUUAAAAUAGUUAAAAUAUCAACAUUGCUGUCAUUAUUAUGUAAUUCCUUCUCGAGUCUCAGUAUUAAAUCCUCAUGUCUGCCUGAGGAGGUAUUUUCAAGAGUUCAUUUUCUAGUGUUUAAAAAUGUAAACAAGGGGAGAAAGUAAAAUUCCAAGAGUAAAAGUCAAGAGACGUAAUUAAAUUAAAUCCCUUUUCUUUCUUACUUUGCCGUGGAGAGCUGGAACUUCUGCACAUUCUGUACUAUUCUCUCUCUUAAUGUCUCACUGUGUAGAGAAAACAUACACAUAAACACAGGGCAAUUAUAUAUCUUUACUAGAAGCUGUAAAGGACACAUUUUGGAACUAUUUACAAAACCAUUUUGCUGAAAGUGAUAUGAUUUGAUGCACAAAUGAAAAAAAUGUAUUUUCAUAUAACACAGACUUGGCACUUGAUUUUUUUUUUGAUAAAUUUUUUGACAAUCAGAUUAUUGUCUGAAAUUCUUAGAGGAGUCUUCUGUGUUGCAGCUGAGUCUAAUGAAAUUUGUAUUCCUAAAUAUGUAUUCUCUAGCACAGUUUGAACAAUUAAAUAGAUUCAUAAGCAUA